CUCUACUUCCUGUAAGGGAAGCUCAGUCAGCUGUCACAAUUUCAGGCGAGAAGAGAGGGACCAGAGCGGAGGAGAAACACACAACAGCAGCUAAAAUGUCUGGUUUUUCUAACAAGUUGAGCGCAUACACGAUGACUCAACUCAACGAAAUCCUGGAGGACGAUGAGAAGCUCACAAAAAUGGUACAGGAGAUGGACGAGAUCCAAGAAGUCCAGCAGAACAAAGAGAAGACAUUGGGCAACAACCGAACCCUGGCAGAGCAAAACCUCGCCCUGCAGCCCAGACUGGAGGUCAAGAAAGGGCAGCUCACCAAGCGCUACAAUUGUCUUCAGGAGAGCUUUGAAUCCUAUCAACUCCGCAAGUCCACCUUAGACCACAAAUCAGGAAACACCUCCCUGGACAUUCUGCUGGCCCUGCUUCAGGCAGAGGGAGCCAAAAUAGAAGAGGAAACAGAGAACAUGGCUGAUUCUUUCCUGGAUGGCGACAUGACCCUGGAUUCGUUUAUUGAUGCCUACCAGAACAAGAGGAAGCUGGCCCAUCUGAGACGAGUUAAAAUUGAGAAGCUGCAGGAGAUGGUGAUGAAAGGCCAGCGGCUGCCCCAGGUGUCAGUCCCUUCCUCCCGCUCUCAGGAAAUUUCUGGUGCUGCUUCCCUCCUCAGCGAGGCUGACGGCAGUUCCUCUUCCCCUGUUGCUCAGCCUAGAAGGAAACCACCACCACCUCCAUCCCAGCCAGCUCCAAUUCUGAAUCCACCUCCAACUCCUGACCCCCAACCUCCUGUCUUCUAUCAAGCAUCUCCAUACCCACCGAUUCCUCCCCGAACAGGGCAGCCCUUCCCCAACGUCUCCUCUGGCUACCCCAACAACUACCUCUCUCAGUACCCCCCUGCUUUGCCUCAGAGGGCCCCACCCAGGAUGGCUCCACAGCCUGGAUUCAUCAUGCAGUAAAGUAAAAGAAGUUAUCACUACUGGAACUCCUCUAAGAACAAUUUUUCUGUCUCGUCUGCCUUCUUGGAUUAUGACCAAAUGCAACACAAGAAAGCAGACCUGCACUGGCUGGUCUGGUCAGCUGAAGCAGAUCUCUAGUAACCUCUGUGGAUUCCCGCUCACCUCUCAUUCUCACCAACAAUCCCACAACCAACAACAAAAAGACGAGAUCAUCUUAGACUCUUAUUCAGCCUGAGCACCUUUAGGGGAAGGGCAGCAGGCUGUGGUGACGGUGUGAGUCUGCAGGCCGCUGAGCUGGGACUCAUCAUUUAUCAGCACUUUCUGUCACCCAGCCAUUUUCUCACCUUCCUUCAAACAUGUUCCUUAACUUUUUAUGAUAUUCCAAAAAAAAAAAAAGGGUUUGAUUAGUCAUUUCCAUCUGCAGCAUACUAAUUUACUGAUGACUUCAAUGCAAGCAAGGAGAGACCCUAAUUACUGUGCAGUUUAGAUGAAAAUAGUUCCCAGAAUAUUCAGGCGAAAACUGCAUCUAUGCUGUGACCUUUUUUUUUUCUUUAAUAGGAAUAUUCACAAGGUACAUAGGAAUCUUUGAAUUUCAGCAUCUUAUGAUAGAGUACAGAGUUUUGUUAAUAAUAGCCAGGAUAGACUGAUCAACAGUAAAAGAAUGGCUGACUGGUCCAUCUCAGGGCACAAGUUUAAAGGGGCUGUUGAGGAAGAAGAUUGGAGAACUUGUAAGAAAUGAGUAGGCCCGUGUGGCCUCACAUAAUGAAGGAUUCAUGUAUAGCCAUACAGUACACUCAAGAUGUGUGGUGUUUUGUUUUUUGUUUUUUUUCUGUGGGUUCCUGUGCUACACUCCUCUUUUAUGAUGUCUUUAACACCCUUGGUUGGCACUGGAAGAGAUGCCAACAGCUCUUUGGAUCUCAUCAGUUUUCUAUCACACUGAGCACCAAAGACUUCCCACAUCAUUCCGUGUUAGUCUUUUUUUUUUUUUAAUGUAAGCAGUAGGGUUAUGUACCAUGGUUCCUAACAUAUCUGUUUUGUGAUAUUGAGUUGAAACACUCUUCUUGUAUACAUGCAAGCCAGAUGUCCUGAUGGGGAAACUUCAAAGGUCAACCUGGCUUUUGGGAGGAAACAUUAUUCUGGUGCAAUUGUUUUAAAAGAAAAAAAAAAAUCCCGUUUUUUUUCUCCCCCGUCUCCUUCUGACUGCAGUUGCUGUGCACUGUUGAAGAGCCACGAGUGCCUACACUUGAAGUGACGUUGAUGGCGUCUUGCUGACUACUCCAAGUCUCUUUAUGCUCUGAUAUAGAACCCCCUGGCUUUAGAUUAAAAGGAAAAAAGAAACUGGUUGAGCAUUAUGUCCUUCCUCUGACUUUCUGUUCCAGCAGACGGUUUGGAACAGACUGUUGCUUUCUCACUGGUAGCAGAAAGCCCAUACUUGUGCCAGAGAGACCCCCAGACACCCCCAGGCUCUGUGCCAAGUGGUGCUUUUACUUCUACUUCCAUUGCCUGGAGGGAAUUUACUGGUUUUUGUAUUUAGUGUUUCUUUUUUAUUUUUAAUUGGUUUUAAAAAAAGAAAAAAAAACAGGGCUCAGAAAUUAUUUGUGUCAUAUCUCUGUGAUUAAACUUCACAUGCAAGCAAACGUACAUGUCAGCAGGAAAAACUCUAGAAAAAGCUAAAGCAUCAACGUCUCGAUGAACCAGCAUUUCUAACGACUAACAUGGAUAAUUCUUUUGUGCAUGGCCUUUGUUCUGUGUUCAUUUUGAGGAUUCCUAUUUAAUACUCCUUUUUUUUUUUUUUUUUUUUUUUUUUUUUUUAAGCUUUUGAGCUGCUUUUCGUGUUCGAACUGAUCCUCUGCAUCCAUGGUUUUAUAUGUGAUUGGUGAUAAUUUCAGUGUAAUGUUGUAGGUAUUUACUUAUAAUGAAUGUUUAAGUGGAAUUUAAUGCUAUUUUCAAGUUCAAUAAAUCUUUUUUUUUUUU